AUGGAGGCCAGAAACGCCAGAACCACAUCAUACAGUGGUCUUGGCGACCCUGACUCUCCCAUACAUAGGCUGCAGACACGGAGGAGACAUAUCAGCAGUGAUGAACCAGGAACCCCUGUGGUAGUUACAAAGGAUUUGCCAAGCCCAAGAAACUUGCCCAACACCAAAAAUUCGCAUACAAACACUCCUAGAACACCGCACAGUUGGAGGCCAAGAUUGUCGGACGACCGUGUGGGGGAGCAUCCUAUCAAUAACCACUACGAUUUCAAAGUGACGAGGAAAAGAAGUUUCAAGAGACCAUCAGGUGCAACCCCUAAAGCAAGAGGGAAGAAGACGCGAUCAGCUCCGGUUUCCAUGGGACGAGGGCAAAUGCUGAUGAUCCCCAACGGAAAACAGCCUCUGCCAAAUUUCAAGGACCACGAUCAGCUGGAAAAUUACCUCAGCAGGACGGAUUCAAUACGAGUUUCUCAGAGAAGGGGCCAUUUACUUGAUGAAGCAUUUGUCCCUCAAUAUCUGAUCUCGUAUGGUUUGAGAUCCAAAAGGGAAACGCUCAAGACUACUCCAGUGAUACGCUCUAAUCUUACAGUGCCAACCUUCUCCAACACCAAUGAGAUUAUACUGGUUCAAACAGAUCACCCUUCAAUUGUGGAUUACUACACAGACUUCCUUAAAGGUGCUUAUGGCUUUGAUUCGCCGCUACAUACUAUGCAUGAAAGGGAGGACUUGGAUCUAAAAACCUUUGCCCCGGGCCUUCCUAGAUUCAAGUCAGACCUGGAAAUAAAGGAAAAUCCCCAGAGAAAAAAGUCAGUCAAAUUACACUCAAACCCAUACAAAAGAUAUAGCAGAAGGGCCACAGUCCACGGAGAUGCUGAUUCCUCGAGCUCUGUGCAUUCUGAUCUCGCUCUAUCAGAGUAUUGGAUAGAGUAUAGGAAGCUGAAGAGAAGACUGUUCACCAGAAAACCUCAGGAUUUCCACACUCUGGAGCAGAUGAUGCUAGAGGAUCCCGUGUGGGCAGAUGGUCUUGAUAGACAUCCAUCUUUGCAAAUGGCAUUGCUCUGGGAAAUCUACCUGAGACGGAUCAUCAGUGCAAAGAUCGCGAGCAGGAUGUGCGUAGCUGGCGAGUUUACGGGUACAGAGCCUCAAAAUAGGGAGGUGAUCGAAAAGGGAAUCAAGUCAGUCUAUGGAGGGAAUGCUUUGGAAGUUUUACGGGGUCAAUCGGCUAUUGACUCAGAUACGUCUUCGAUCUCGAGGACUAGUUCCAACUUAUCCAGCCGCACGUGA